UUAAUGAAUUCCGUUGUUUGAUGGUGAUGAAGACAAAACAGACACAGGAAGAACUACUCGUUAAUUACCUUAGCGUCGAACAUGAAACAAAAUUAAGAAGUGCCGACUCAAUGACAAAUGUAGCCGAUGAAAUGGAGUAUGAUGAGAGACUGGCACAAUUCCGCCAAACCCGCCUCAAUCCCUUCGAUCGUGGAGAGGAAGAGGAUGGUGGUCAAAGGGGCAGGACGCCGCCACAGCAGGAAGACCGGCAGGAGCUGUUUUCUGGGACUAUAAUUCAAAGUUCAGACAGAACCAUGGAUCUUGGGCUAGCUGAGGACCACUUUUCAAGACCAGUGGGCUCAUUUGUGGCCUCCGACAUAGAGCAGUUGAAAUUGGCCAUUGAGGAAUGCAAGAAACUGAUCUUGGAGCUGCCAGAACACUCUGAAAGACAAAAGGACACAGUGGUGAAACUGAUCCAUCUUCGGCUUAAACUGCAGGAGUUGAAGGAUCCUGAUGAGGAUGAGCCUAAUCUACGAAUGGUUCUAGAGCACCGAUUUUCCAAGGAAAAGAGCAAGAGUGUCAAACAAACGUGUGACAAAUGUAGCACCAUCAUCUGGGGACUCAUUCAGACAUGGUACACUUGCACAGGUUGCUAUUACCGCUGCCAUAGUAAGUGUAUGAACCUGAUCACAAAGCCCUGUGUGAGGUCAAAGGUCAGCCAUCAGUCCGAGUAUGAGCUCAACAUCUGCCCCGAGAUCGGUCUGGACCGCCAAGACUAUCGUUGUGCCGAAUGCCGCUCACCUAUUUCAUUGAGGGGUGUGCCAAGUGAGGCCAGACAGUGUGACUAUACUGGGCAGUAUUUCUGCAGCACGUGUCACUGGAAUGACACAGCCAUCAUCCCAGCAAGAGUCAUCCACAACUGGGAGUUUGAACCACGCAAGGUUUGUCGAUCCUCACUGCGCUACUUAGCGCUGAUGAUGUCACGGCCUGUGUUGAAGCUGAAGGAAAUCAACCCACUGCUCUUUAACUUUGUGGAGGAGCUGGUUGAGAUCAGAAAACUUCGUCAAGAUAUUCUACUGAUGAAACCAUAUUUUAUUACCUGCAAGGAAGCAAUGGAAGCUCGACUUCUACUGCAGCUUCAGGACCGCCAGCAUUUUGUGGAGAACGACGACAUGUACUCGCUACAGGAUUUGAUUGACAUCUUCAGCGGGCGACUCAGCUGUUCCCUCACAGAAGUCCACACCACAUUUGCGAAACACAUCAAACUGGAUUGUGACCGUUGCCAGGCCAAAGGCUUUGUGUGUGAGCUGUGUAAGGAGGGAGAUAUCCUCUUUCCUUUUGACAGUCACACCUCAGUUUGCCAUGACUGCUCAGCUGUCUUCCACAGGGAUUGUUACUAUGACAACUCAACAACUUGUCCACGUUGUGCCCGAAUGACUGAGCGUAAACAGGAUGAGGACACAAAAGAUGCUUGAAGGACCACGCGAAGGAAGCGGAGUUUAUUUUCAUCCCUGUGAAUUUUUGGUUUACACUGGUUGGCAACAAGCAUAUAUAACAAAUAUUUUGUGAUCUCUUGGUUUAUUGUCUUUAUAAUCGUGCAUGUUACAUGCAGGAUUUAUAAGUCUGGCUUGUAUUUUAUGUAAAGAUUUCUACAAAGGAAAUCUGAAAUGUAAAGGUAAAAACUCUACAUAUCAAGUGUUGGUCCAUCUGUAAAACAUGAAGUAAGUAUGCAUUUUUGAUAUUUAGAAUUACAGGGUUGUUUUUCCAUCGUUCCUCAGUAUGUGACUUCAAUUUUAAUCUAUAUAUAGUAUGGUUAAAUCAUUAAUGUGCUUGUUUUUGUGAGGAUACAAGCCCUGUCGGAUUUCAUUCCAAAUGGUGGACUAAUUCCAGAGAUACAGUGGGGAGAACAAGUAUUUGAUACACUGCCGAUUUUGCUGGUUUUCCCACUUGCAAGCCAUGUAGAGGUCUGUAAUUUGUAUCAUAAGUUCUCUUCAACUGUGAGGGACGGAAUCUAAUACAAAAAUCCAGAAAAUCACAUUGUAUAAUUUCUAAAUAAUAAAUUUGUAUUUAACUGCAUGAAAUAAGUAUUUGAUACAUUACCAACUAGUAAAUAUUUCUGCUCUUAGUUCUUUUUUAAGAACCCCUCCUGUUCUCCACUCAUUACCGGAAGUAACUGCACCUUUUUGAACUUGUUACUUGUAUAAAAGACACCUGUUCACAUGCUCAAACAAACUCCAACCUCUCCACAAUGGCCAAGACCAAAGAGCUGUGUAAGGACAUCAGGGAUAAAAUAAUAGACCUGCACAAGGCUGGGAUGGGCUACAGGAAAAUAAGCAAGCAGCUUGGUGAGAAGGUAACAACUGUUGGAGCGAUUAUUAUAAAAUGGAAGAAGUUCAAGUUGACGCUCAAUCUGCCUUGUUCUGGGGCUCCAUGCAAGAUCUCACCUCGUGGGGCAUCACUGAUCAUGAGGAAGGUGAGGGAUCAGCCCAGAACUACACGGCAGGACCUGGUCAAUGACCUGAAGAGAGCUGGAACCACAGUCUCAAAGAAAGCUAUCGGAAACACAUUACGCCGUCAUAGAUUAAAAUCCUACAGCGCACGCAAGGUCCCGCUGCUGAAGCCAGUGCAUGUCCAGACACAUCUGAAGUUUGCCACUGACCAUCUGGAUGAUCCAGAGGAGUAAUGGGAGAAGGUCAUGUGGUCAGAUGAGACCAAAAUUGAACUUUUUGGUCUAAACUCGGCCCGUCGUGUUUGGAGGAAAAAGAAAGAUGAGUACAACCCCAAGAACACCAUACCAACCAUGAAACAUGGAGGAGGAAACAUCAUUUCUUGGGGCUGCUUCUCUGCCAAGGGUACAGGACAACUGCACCAUAUUGAGGGGAGGAUGGAUGGAGCUAUGUAUCGCCAGAUCUUGGCUGACAACCUCCUUCCUUCAGUGAGAGCCCUGAAGAUGGGUCGUGGCUGGGUCUUCCAGCAUGACAACGACCCAAAGCACACAGCCAAGGCAACGAAAAGAGUGGCUACGUAAGAAGCAUCUUAAGGUCCUGGAGUGGCCUAGCCAGUCACCAGAUCUGAACCCGAUAGAAAAUCUAUGGAGGGAGCUGAAAGUCUGUGUUGCCCGGCAGCAGCCCCGAAACCUGAAGGCUUUGGAGAAGAUCUGCAUGGAAGAGUGGGCCAAAAUCCCAGCUGCAGUUUGUGCAAACCUUGUCAAGGACUACAGGAAACCUUUGGUAUCUGUAAUAGCAAACAAAGGUUUCUGUACCAAAUAUUAAGUUUGAUUUUUGUGAUGUAUCAAAUACUUAUUUCAUGCAAUUAAAUGCAAAUUUAUCAUUUAAAAAUCAUACAAAGUGAUUUUCUGGUUUUUUGUAUUAGAUUCCGUCCCUCACGGUUGAAGAGAACUUAUGAUACAAAUUACAGACCUCUACAUGCUUUGCAAGUGGGAAAACGAGCAAAAUCGGCAGUGUAUCAAAUACUUGUUCUCCCCACUGUAUGUUUCAAACCCAGUAGAUGUGAAUACUUGUGCACAAAAUGUGCCUAAGAGAUUAACAUGUUACAAAAAGCUGUACACCAAACAUCGUAAUAUACUUGGCAAUGUAUUAAUUGUUUUUUGUUUGUUUGUUUUUUUAUCAUAAUAUACAAGAAGCACAUUUUAUCCGAAAGAUGUUCAGAGGACACCUUUAAUGAUGUGUAAAUGUUGACCUAAAAUAUUUGUUUUCAAAUGAUUACUCUGCUGUGUUAUUUUUCAGCGUGAUGCACUGUUUAAACCCUCUACUCAAACAAAGGACAUCAUUGGUGUCAUUCUGUUGUUUAUUGAAAAGAAAAUCAUGUUGAGCAAUGCACGAAAAUAUACUGUAAUAUGGAUGGCAUCUACUAACGGUGAACGUUAUGCCAGACGUUCUAUUGUAAUGUUUUGAUGUAAAAUAUGCACCUUGGCUCAAUAAAGGAUGGGAAAUAGUACGUUGACAGUAUUGCAGUUUACUGUUAAAUCCCAGAAGCACAUUCACACAUGCCUCUGCCCUUCCCAGUUCAAAUGGAUUGGACGUCUAUUGCCAUCAAUGGCACUGAAUGUCUUCAUGUAAAUGUGUUGCAGAUUGAUGCCAUACUAAUAAUUUGAAUUUUAUCAGGUAUUUCAACCUGAAAUGUUGAGGCACCUUCUGGUGAGCCAAGAUGCUGUGUUUGUAGGAAUGAUUGGAAAUGUGCCGUAAUUUUCGGACUAUAAGCCGCUACUUUUUUCCCCUCGUUCUGAAUCCUGCGGUUUAUAGUCCAGUGCGGCUUAUUUGACAGCGGCAUCAUAAGACUGCCAUAAUUAUGACAUGACAGUAUCAUGGGCAUUAAUGAAUGCUUAUGACAGACAGCGCCAUCCAGCAAAUUAUGUCACUAACUCAAUUUAUGUCCUGCUCAGAUCUUUUACAUCCAUUCAAAAGUGAGAUAAUUUGCUGGAUGACACAAAAUGACAUCUGUCAUAAGCAUUCAUUAAUGCUCAUGGCAGUGUCAUGUGAUAAUUAUAAUGGCCUUGUGACAGUCUUAAUGUGUCACUGUCAAAGUGUUACCAAAUACCAUGACUAGCAAUUAAUGAAACAACUGGAAUAGUAACUGAAGAAAUAAUUAGCAAAGAAUGUGAAUUUUGAAUGUCAUUUACAUCUGUAACGCAGCAAUGCAUGCUAGGAGGCACGUUGGACGACGACAGUGUUGACAGCAGGUAGCAGCAGAGGUUUACUGUCUCCCCCAAGUGAGCAGUGAUGGACAAAUGAAGUGUCUUGAAGCAAUGAAUCAAUUGGUUCAAAGCUUUGUGGCGGUUCAUUUGGUUUAAUGACAGUUUUAUGAUGCUGCUGUCAAAUGAAGUGUUACCAA